AAGAUACUUAUUACCUAAACCACUACAUCAAAGUACUAGACAAUUGUCAUUUUAAUUUUGGGGAAAAUUGUAAACAAUAAUAAUUUCAAAUUUUGUGUUUUAACUUAAACUUACUUAAUAUAAUGUGAAAUCAAUGUAUUAUAGAACAAACUCAAUAUAGUUUAAUAAUCAUCUAAUAAUUAUUUAUAAGAGAAAGCGAAGCGAUUUUUGAUUGAAUGUUCAAUGUUCUUCUGUACUGGAAAAUAGAAAGUGAUUAUACGCAAUAUUUCUCGUGGAUAACAAACAUUUUUCUUUAGAAAUCCUAUCAUCAUAAUAGAAAAUGUUAGAAACUAGUGAAAUAGAUGCUGAUUUCUUUACUCCUGCGCCAAACACCUCCUUGGCCACAAUAUUCAGCAAUACUCAAACAGAUCGAAAUGAUGAAAAUAAAUCAUUAAUAUAUGUUCCUAAAACUCAAAUGGCACUGGUAGAAAAUCAUAAAAGUGCUGGUGAUGUGCACAAAGAAACAUCAGCAUCACAAUGUCUUUUUGCUACUUCAGUAUCAGCAUAUGAAUGGGUAGAAAAUAAGUACAACCUUCAGGAGAAAUUGGGUUUUGCCAUUAUCAAAGAUAUAAAGGAUGAUGUUCAUAGCCUCAUAAUUUACACAUCUGAAAAAAGAACUCUAUCACUGGCAACUAUAACUUCAACAUUUGUAAUUAAUGUAAAAAAAGAUGUCAACAUAUCAUACUAUGACAAUUAUAAAAAAUAUUGGCUUAUUUCUUCCGCACCUAGUAAAAUUUGUGACAUAGUGAAGUGUUUAGAAACCUUUAAGGUCAGUAUAACAUAUUUGAAUGAUGUAGAUAUUUCUUCACCAAAAGAUGUAAUAGAUACAGUUAACAAUAUUCCUGACCAACUACCUAACAAUAGUUUAGAUAUUGAUACUGACAGUUCAAGAAAUCAAAAAAAUAAAGACUCUAUUUUGAAAAGAAUGGCAACAAUGGGUCAAUCAGUUUUGCCUCCAAGUAAGAAUAUUGCAUCUAAGUCAACUGAUUCUUCUGAUACAAAUGAAUAUGACCAUCCUUCAUUACCAAGGCAUAAGACAGUAAAAUCAUUGCCCAAGAAACAUACCACAGAGAAAAAUGCAUGUUCAGGUAAUCAAUAUAAUAAUGAGUUAAGUAAAAUAUUACCAAACACCCUGAAAAUCCAAGAUUCAAUGAUACCUGUAAACAUUAAAAAGUUGGAAUCUUUCCAUGAAAAUAAUAUUCACAGUUUAAUCACAGAACAAAGAAUAAGUAACAGUGAAAUAAGAAUAAAUAUAAAUAGAUUAUCAGAUAAAGUUGAACAUUUAUGUAAUAAGACAUUGGGUGGAGAUCUUCAAUCACAUUCAUUAAACUAUCAAAAUGAAAUAGUUAACAAGUUGUUAAAAGAAUAUGAGAGCAAAAUUGCAGUAUAUGAAAAAUUUAUUAAAUUAAAUGGCUUGGAAUGCAAUUUAUUGUUUACAAAUGAAAAUGAGCCAUCCUCAUCAGGGAAAAUAGACAGUAUUAACGAAACAGAGAAGGAUAAAGGAAAUCAAGCCCUAGAAAUUAAUGAACUAAACAAAAAGAUUGAUCUCCUCACAAAUGCUUUUUCACAAAUGACUGAAAAACAUAAACAAUAUGAAGAGAUUUUACUAAAAGAAAUAGAUACUUUGAAACAAGACCUAAAUGAUAAAAAUGUAUGUUUAUACACAAUUACUAACAAUGUUCAAAGUAUUGCAGCCAAUUCCAAUUCGGAAGAGUAUAGCAACAAACUAAAAAAUAUAAUGAAUAGUAGUUUUCAAACAAUAUCAUCCAAAUUCAAUGAUGAGGAUAGUUAUUUAGAAGCGAAACAAGUGAACUAUGGGUAUUUGGGUAAUAUUAGCGCUAAUUCUCGUCUCUCGACCUUAUGCGUUUGUGAUACAGGCUUCCCGGAAUUCUGGGUAUUGCGAAAUACAUGUUUUUCAUUUAUAAAGAAUGAAUUAAAUGUUAUCACUUAUCAGUUCGCUUUGAAAGGUUCACCUUGCUUUUAUUAUGUUAAAAUGUUCAGCAUAAAGAAAAAAACUAGAAAAUUGUUAUGUUAUUUUGUUCUUAUUAAAGUAUAUUAGUUUAUUAUAAUAAUAUCGUUAACAACAUAGACAAAUAAAUUGUGAGGGUACCUCUAGUUGAUCUGUGCUUCUACUUUAUCUGUAGAGUUGUGAAAUGCCGUCAUAUUAUUAAUAAUAAUCAUAAAAAUGUGACGGUGAUUAAUUAUAUUUGUAUUAGUAUCAUUUAUUAUUUUUCAAGUAUUAACAUUAGUCUUUUAUUCAUCUAUGAUCUUAAUAUCAAAUUGCAUCUAGAGUUGAGAUAAUAAUGUAUUCCAGUUAAAUUAUGAUAUAGAUUGUUACUUGUUACUCGUACAUUAAAUAAUUAUCAAAAUUCACGGAUCAAUAAAAUAUUUCACACUUUAAAAUUAUUGAUGUAUGUCUAAAUAUUAUUUUGUUUA